AACAACAGCAUGUCACUCCACAGCCUCUGUGUUCAAGCUGUCCUUCUCAUAAGUAUCCUGUCUCUCUGCUCACCCUCAGGUGGUGCAUUUGGGAGUAGCAUACAGAGGAUCCUCAUGAAACGCAAUGCAAAGGAGCUGGAAGCCAGAGCCAAAGCACAGAUUGCAGUGCCGCAGUCAAAGGCUAAAGAGUUUCUGUCAGAUUUUCACAGGUUUAAGAGAAAUGUAUGGGAUCGGAGCCAUCCUGAUGUCCAGCAGUGGAUCCAGCAGUUCAUGUACAUGGGCUAUGAUGAGGCAAGACUGGAGACUGAUCUCUCCUAUUGGAUGGACCAGGCCAGAUCAAAUGACCAGGGCCGGCAGCAUCAUCAUGAUGAGAAUGCACCUAUGAGCCAACAGGACCCCAGUUCCUACAGACACGGGGCUAAUGUCAAUUAUGAUUACUAUUAAGAGCCCUAGAACCUAAAAUUUACUCAGAAACCUGGAGACUAUUGCCUGACUUGUAAAUCAUUCUAAUGCUCUAAGUCAAUGUAUAUUCACAGAACCUACAGUAUGCCCCAUAGAUGAUGUGUGUUUAUACACACACACACACACACACACACACACACACACACACACACACACACACACACACACACACACACACACACACAUUACUAUGUGAGUGUGAUUAUGCAAUUUCUUUAGGGGUAAGCAAAGCAAAACCUAGAGAGGAAUGAAUGCACAUUGAAUAAAAAUAUGUCUAUAAUGCUGAUGUUUUUUGUGUGUUUGAAGAGUGGAGAAGAGUCUUAGUAUUUGUCGCCUAGUUGUAGCCAAAAUAGUUUUGUACGUUUUAACCCCUUAACUGUCACUCAUGUUUUUGAAGAUAGACUUGAUUGUGCAUGAUACAAACCUAAUUUUUUAUAAUUCAUGACUGAAAACAUUUUGUAACAUGAUUUUGAUGUGGUAAUGCAAUGUCUGAUUUUAAAAUGGGUUUUAAAGGAAGAAUUUUGAGAUUUUAUGUUUUCAAGUGAUAUAUAACUUCUGAUGAUUUCUAAAAUGUGAUAGCGAAGGCAACGAGUAAGUCUUUUUUUAAAACAAAGGUCAAAACUCCUUUUGUAAUGUAGAUUUCUGAGGGUGCACUCUUGUCAUAAAUUAGUCUAUUACUUUUCCUACAUAAUUUUUUACCAAAAAAUAUUGGUAAAAUAUAUAUUUGGGAGUCUUAGACCUUUCCAACGAUAUAUAGUCUGUCAAGAUUAGAUUAGAUUUGAUUGCAAUAUAGUAUAGUCAACGUAGGCUUCCUGUAUUCGGAACGGGGUGACAGUUAACAGGUUAAAUAUCUCAUGCAUAUAGCGCUUCAUAGGCUAUAUCAUGAGAUUUUGGUGAAGUGUAUUGAAGUGUAUUAUAUUGCCACAAUAUGUUAUAACUGUUAUAACAUGUAAGUAAAUAAUGCGAUGCACUUGCUAAUUAUAUACAUCUUCUGUAUCUUAAAUCUUGGCAACUCCAUUUUAGCUUGAUUUUCAUACAUUUAAAGUGAAACUUAUAAUGCCACAAUUCCAACUAUGAAAACAGUACAUUUCUAUCUUAGUUUUUUUUCCUAUAUUUCACUUCCUAGUGGUGUGUCAUAGGAUUUUUUAUUUAGCAAAACUGUACGGUGUUAUCAAAUCAGUUGGGUAAAUGAUUCAAUGACUCACUUACAAUAGAUUGACAGUUAAUUUUGGCCACCUGCUAGCAUAUACCUGCAGACAGGGUGGCUGAAUAAUCCCCACCUGUAGUACAUUAAUAGGCAUCUUGA